UUACACUAAUGUCCUGACAAUGUCCUGACAAUGUCCUGACAAAGUCCUGACGGAUAUGAAAAUGCUAAUUACGUUUUCAUUAUAUAAAGGAUUUACUUUAAAUUUGGAACCAAGCAAGAUGACAACAUUAAUCUAAUAAAUAAAAGAAAAAAUAUUAAAAAAAAUAUUUUUAAGAGUUAGAAAACUUGACCUGACCAACUUCGACUUUGAAAUCACUAAUGUCCUGACCGAUAUGAAACGGCUAAAUACUUUUUUAUUAUUUACAGGAUAGACUUCAAAUUCGAUAUCAAGGAAGAUUAAAACAUUUAAUCCAAAAAUAUAAGAAAAAAAUGAAAAAAAAAUAAUUUUUAGAGUUAGAAAACUUGACCUGACCAAUACGAUUUUGCCGCGACUAAUGUCCGGACCGAUAUAAAACUGCUAAUUUCUUUUUUAUCUUUGGAAGGAUUAACUUCAAAUUUAGUAGCAAGGAAGAUUUCGACAUUUAACAAAGAAAUAAAAAGAAAUGAAAAGAAAGCAAAUAUUCAAAAGACCAAAAAACUUGACCUGACCAACAUAGGCUAUUCACCAAAAAAAGACAUGUUCGUUUAAAAAAUAGAAAGACUAUGUAUAUUUCUUAAAUAAAUGUCUUUAAGUUUGAUAAAUAUCAAUAUUUUAUUAAAUAUUUAAAUGACAAAAAGAAAAAAAUGUGAACAAGUAUUGCAAGGGUAAAAAUAUAUUGACCUGACAUUGUCGAACUUGUCCUGAUCAAUUUUCUAACUGAAAGAAAAUGUUAACCUCUUACCUUAAAUUAUUGAAAUUGAAAAUAUCCGAUCACAAUGAUAUUACAACAUUGAACGCAGAAAGAUACUGUUGAAAUGAAACGAAAGAGAAAUAUUAGAACCAGUUGCUGAAUGUUUUCGUAUUGACCAGAUGUUCAACGAACUGCAACCAACCAUCGACAACUACAACACCGUGGUACUUCACGUUGGCGCCAACGACCUCUCCCGUGGUUCAUCAGUAAAGACUCUACUCAGGAAAUACCAACAACUGACAUCAGACAUUUGGCACAGCAACCCAACAGCAGACAUCAUCAUAUCUGGAGUCCUACCUAGAGCCGACAACCAAUUCCCAGGGGCACUUCUGCGCACCAACUUCCUAACGGAACUCAACCAGAGAGCUCGGCUACUCAAUACCAAACUACAGUUACUAGCUACCCGAGUUCCAAGACUCCACUACGUUGGUCACCCGUCAUUCGCCCAGAAAGGUACUAUCCAGAGACACCUACUCAGUCGAGAUGGUCUUCAUCUAAGCUACCGUGGUACAUCAACUGUGGUGAAAGACAUCGAGAGCGCCAUUCGUCAUCUACGCAAAACCAAGGAUACUCAUGACAGCAUCUGGGAACUACCAACGUCAACACCAACGUCAACACCAACGCCAACACCAAAAGCACCUACACCAAUGCCUGACCCAACUGAACCAGCUGUAGACCAAUCACUGUACCGAACUGCACUACUCACUUUACCGAUACGAACACCAACACCAACACCAACACCAAAACCAGUACUAACUUCAACAGGUAUUCAGGUGAUUGAAGAGUGGCCUGCUCUUCCACGGGUAUGUUAUCUGGUAUCUUCUCUUAUUAACACUUCAUCUACCUCUAACACUGUGCAUGUUCCUACCACCACGUCCUCAUCUGUUCCAGCAUGUACCAUCUCACCAAAUCCUGUUUGUGUCGCACCUACCUCCACUUCUAGCCGCUCACCCACUUCCACUUCUUACCGCUUGUCUACCUCCACUUCUAACCGCUUGCCUACCUCCACUUCUAACCGCUUGCCUACUUCUACUUCUAACCAUACAUCACGUACAUCCGACAUGCCACCAGCAAAGCCUAAGGGAAACGAGGUAUAUUUGAUAAGAUCCGAUAACCAUGAUGAUUGGAAGUGUGACCAAUACCAGUGGCUUCAUUAUGGGAAAAUUCAGUUAUCAGCUAUUUAUUCUCAUGGAAAAAAGAACUUGCUUGUUAAAUUACCUGAUGUUCAACAACAAACAAAUGGAUAUGACUGUGGUGUUUAUGCUAUUGCCAACAUGGUGGAAUAUUGUCAUAAAGAAAAACUCAACACUCAAAGACGUACGAAGUUUAUUGAGAAAUACAUGCGACCACAUUUAAUAUCGUGUUUGGAAAAAGGACAUUUUACACCAUUUCCUCAAAAUACAACAUCAAGUACAGACUUUGUUAGGAUUUUUGCCAGAAGAAUUGAGUGUAGUUGUCAGUGUGGUAAACCAGAUGUUUUUGAGAACAUGAUUGGAUGUGAAGCGAAAAGAGGACGGAUCAGCUGUACUAAGUGGGUUCAUCAGACAUGUUCAGGAGUUUCAGAAGAUUGGUACUGUGAUGAACAUCGCGAUGCUUGA